GCCGUCUAGCUUGCAGAUGGCGGAGCCGGACAUAGGGCACUGCUGUUAGCUAAUAUUCGUUUUAUUUCUAAAUAAGAAAAAUAUUUAAUUUACUACUUUUUCAGAACGUUUCAGUUAACUUAAUAUUUUACUAUGUGACGUUUCCACAUGAAAUUGUAAACCUAUUUAAUUCGUUUGUUUUUGUACAGUAUUUAUUUUUCGGCAAGCAGCCGGGUUAGCAUCUUUGUUGGAAGUUUAGGCCUACGGUGCAACCGCUUGUCGAUUUUAACAAUAGCUGGAAUACACUCCCCUCCUUAGCUUGUUUUGAUUCAGUCUAAUUAUAAUUUUCAUGGAAACCCGACAAAAGAGCAUGGGCUGUAAACAGGUUUCGGUACCGUUCAGCAAGUGAGGUAGUUGUAAUGUUGAUAGACUUUUGAAUUUCGUUGGGACCGAGGACAUUUUGCGAGCUGCACCAUAAACAAAUUAAGGAUCACAAAGGAAGAUGUCUAACGGCGCCGCAGGAAGUGGGGGUCUGGCUUGGAUGGAGGCUGCCAACGGCAGAGGUGACUUUGGAAAAAUGGAGGGGGCCAAGAAAGACAAGGCAGGCUCCAAGUUAUCAGUUGAGCGAGUGUACCAGAAGAAAACCCCGCUAGAGCACAUCCUUCUCCGUCCAGACACAUACAUCGGUUCAGUGGAGCCCGUCACUCAGCCGAUGUGGGUCUUUGAUGAAGACGUAGGAAUGAACCAGAGGGAAAUCACAUACGUUCCAGGACUCUACAAAAUCUUUGAUGAAAUUCUUGUCAAUGCAGCAGACAACAAACAAAGGGACAAGAACAUGACCGCCAUCAAGGUUACCAUUGACCCGGAAUCUAACACCAUUUCCAUCUGGAACAAUGGGAAAGGAAUUCCUGUGGUAGAGCAUAAGGAUGAGAAGAUGUACGUUCCAGCUCUCAUUUUUGGCCACCUGCUCACCUCCAGCAACUAUGAUGAUGAAGAGAAGAAAGUCACAGGUGGCAGGAACGGCUACGGUGCUAAACUCUGCAACAUCUUCAGCACCAAGUUCACAGUAGAAACCGCCUGUAAAGAGUACAGACACAGUUUUAAACAGACAUGGCAGAACAACAUGACCAAGACCUCUGAGGCCAAAAUAAAAUUCUUUGAUGGGGAAGACUUCACCAGCGUGACCUUCCAGCCAGACCUGUCCAAGUUCAACAUGGAGAAACUGGACCGGGAUAUCGUAGCACUUCUUACUCGCAGAGCGUAUGAUGUAGCCGGCUCCUGCAAGGGGGUUAAAGUCUCACUGAACGGCAAAAAAUUACCUGUCCAUGGCUUCCGCAGCUAUGUGGAUUUGUACGUGAAGGACAAACUGGACGAGACGGGCGUGCCUCUGAAGGUGGUGAAUGAAACUGUGAAUGAUCGGUGGGAGGUCUGCCUCACCAUGAGCGAGAAAGGAUUCCAGCAGAUCAGCUUUGUGAACAGCAUCGCUACCACAAAGGGCGGCAGACACAUCGACUAUGUGGUGGACCAGAUUGUGGCCAAACUUAUAGAAGUGGUGAAGAAGAAGAACAAGGCGGGAGUCUCGGUCAAACCUUUCCAGGUGAAGAACCAUAUCUGGGUUUUUGUCAACGCACUGAUUGAGAAUCCAACGUUUGACUCCCAGACUAAGGAGAACAUGACACUCCAAACCAAGAGCUUUGGGUCCAAGUGCCUUCUGUCUGACAAGUUCGUCAGGGCUGCAACAAACUGUGGGAUCGUGGAGAGUAUUCUCAACUGGGUCAAGUUCAAAGCUCAGACACAGCUGAACAAGAAGUGCUCGUCUGUCAAACACAGCAAGAUCAAAGGCAUCCCUAAGCUCGAUGACGCCAACGAUGCCGGUGGAAAACACUCCUCUGAUUGCACCCUCAUCCUCACUGAAGGAGACUCGGCCAAGUCUCUGGCCGUCUCGGGUCUGGGGGUCAUCGGUCGGGAUCGCUACGGAGUUUUCCCUCUGAGAGGAAAGAUCCUGAAUGUGCGAGAGGCAACACACAAGCAGAUCAUGGAAAACGCAGAGAUCAACAACAUCAUUAAAAUCGUUGGCCUUCAGUACAAAAAGAGCUAUGACGACCCAGAGUCUCUGAGGAGCCUCCGAUACGGCAAAAUCAUGAUCAUGACGGAUCAGGAUCAAGAUGGCUCCCACAUCAAAGGUCUGCUCAUCAACUUUUUCCACCACAACUGGCCCUCCUUGUUGAAACACACAUUCCUGGAGCAGUUCAUCACGCCUAUUGUUAAAGCGACCAAGAACAAACAGGAGCUGGCUUUCUACAGCCUUCCAGAGUUUGAGGAGUGGAAGAAACAAACAGAGAAUUUUAAAACUUGGCAUGUAAAGUACUACAAAGGUUUGGGUACAAGUACAAGCAAAGAGGCGAAGGAUUACUUUUCUGACAUGGAGAGGCACCGAAUCACGUUCAAGUACGGCGGUGCUGAAGACGAUGCUGCCAUCACGCUGGCGUUCAGUAAGAAAAAAACAGACGACAGGAAGGAAUGGUUGACUAACUUCAUGGAAGACAGACGUCAGAGGAGGAUGCACGGCCUGCCGGAGCAAUACCUUUAUGGAACUCAAGCCAAGCUCCUCUCAUACAACGAUUUCAUCAAUAAAGAGCUGAUUCUGUUCUCCAACUCUGACAACGAGAGAUCCAUCCCAUCGUUGGUUGAUGGCUUGAAACCCGGUCAGAGGAAAGUUUUGUUUACCUGUUUAAAAAGGAACGACAAGAGAGAAGUGAAAGUAGCUCAGCUGGCUGGUUCUGUGGCGGAGAUGUCUGCCUACCACCAUGGAGAGCAAGCCCUCAUGAUGACUAUAGUCAACUUGGCCCAGAACUUUGUGGGCAGCAACAACGCGAACAUCUUGCAGCCUCUGGGCCAGUUUGGUACUCGCAUCAAUGGAGGCAAAGAUGCUGCCAGCCCUCGUUACAUCUUCACCAUGCUCAGUCCCCUCGCCAAGCUGUUGUUCCCAGCAGUGGACUCAAACCUGCUCAAGUUCCUGUUUGAUGACAACCAGAAGGUGGAGCCGGAGUGGUACAUUCCCAUCAUUCCCAUGGUGCUGGUGAAUGGCGCCGAGGGCAUCGGGACGGGCUGGGCGUGCAAGAUCCCAAACUAUGACCCCAGAGAGAUCGUCAACAACAUCAACAGGAUGCUGAACCACCAGGACCCCCUACCCAUGCUUCCCAGUUACAAAAACUUCAAAGGAGUGAUCCAUGAACUAGGACAGAACCAGUACCUGGUCAGUGGAGAAGUGUCGGUCCUCGACAAGAACACCAUCGAGAUCACAGAGCUUCCUGUCCGGACAUGGACUCAGGCCUAUAAGGAGUCUGUGCUGGAGCCCAUGCUGCAGGGCAGCGACAAGACGCCGGCUCUCAUCAACGACUACAAGGAAUACCACACAGAUACCACUGUGAAGUUUGUGGUUCGCAUGUCUGAGGAGAAGCUGGCUCAAGCCGAGGCAGUCGGGCUCCACAAAGUCUUCAAACUGCAGUCCAGCCUCACCUGCAACUCCAUGGUGCUGUUUGACCACAUGGGUUGUCUGAAAAGGUACGAUUCAGUCCAAGACAUCCUCAAAGAGUUCUUUGAACUCCGGCUGCACUACUACAAACUGAGGAAAGACUGGUUACUGGGCAGCCUCGGGGCUGACGCUGCCAAACUGUCCAACCAGGCUCGCUUUGUACUGGAGAAGAUCGAAGGAAAAAUCUCUAUCGAGAAUAAAUCCAAACGUGAACUCAUCCGGAUGCUGGUGCAGAAAGGCUAUGAAUCCGACCCAGUUGCUGCCUGGGUCAAGGCUCAGGAAAAGGCUCAGGAUGACGACUACACCGACGGGAACGAGAGCGACAGCUCCGUGGACUCUGGCUCCUCAUCAGGCCCAAACUUCAACUACAUCCUCAACAUGCCUCUGUGGUGCCUGACUAAAGAAAAGGUGGAGGAGCUGCUCAAACAGAGGGACCAGAAGAGAAGUGAACUGAGCCAUCUGCAGAAGAAAUCCUCGGAGGAUCUGUGGAAGGAGGACUUGGCGAUCUUCAUUGAAGAGCUGGAUAAAGUGGAGGCUCAGGAGAGGGAAGAGCAGAGUUUAGGAAAAGCCAUCAAACUGGUGAAGGGUAAAGUGGGCAAACCUAAAGUGAAGAAGCUGAACCUGGAGGAGACGAUGCCGUCACCGUUUGGACGGCGGGUGGAGCCUCCGACUCAGCCCAUCAAAUCUGAUGCAGUCAAGAAAAUGACCAAAAAGAAAAAGGGAGACUCAGACGCAGCAGUGAAGCUGGAGUUCGAUGAUGAUGGUUUGGGCGGCGAGGCAGGAACCGGAGAAAACUCUGUGGCCAAACCGAAAGCUCCACGAGUCAAGAAAGAGAAGAAAGAGCCCGGAGCUCCCAGAGUCAGAAAACCUCCUGCACCCAAAGGUACUCCUGCUAAGAAGGUGAAGAAGAGGAACCCCUGGUCUGACGAUGAGUCCAAGUCUGACAGCGACGUGGAGAACAGCAAACCCGUCAUUCCCAGAGAGACCAAGUCUCAGAGGGCAUCAGCUUCCAAACCAAAAUAUACAUUCGACUUCUCUGAGGAGGAGGAAGAGGAGGAGGAGGCAGACGAAGAGGAAAACGGAGACGAUGACGUGGCCGCUUCUCCGGUGAGGUCAUUCAAAGACGACUUUGGUUUCUCCGACACCAAGGACCAAUACAACGACCGGAACGAUGAGGAUGAUGAUGAAGACAACGAAGUCUCCUUCUCUCCACCCAAACAGAAGACCACGUCUGCACCUGCAGCUAAGAAGAAAGAACCAACCAGCAUCUUCUCAUCCAAGUCAGCCUUCUCUGAAAAGAGCGACAGCGACGGGUCCAAGUCCAACAGCGACGAUGACGACGGUCCGGUCUUCUCCACUUACUCCAGCAGCUCAGCUUUUGAUAAACUAUCGUCAGCAAAGAAAGCAGCUAAGAAGCCUUCUGAAGCAGCUCCCAAACCUAAGAAACCACCAGCACCAAAAGCAAAGAAACCAGAUAAAUCCAUCUGGGACUCUGACUCCGACACCGGCUCCAAGAAAGCAGCACCAGCUCUGAAAGCAGGAAAAGGUCGAGGAAGGAAGAGGAAGGGGUCUGGAUCUGAAGACGAGUACAGUCCGAUGAAGAAAGCAGCAAAACCCGUCGGCAGAAAGCCUCAGAAACCUCCAUCUGAUGACGAGGACGAGGACGAGGACAGCAACAGCCUGAGCACCAUGAAAGCGCUGUCCCGCGACAGGCCGGGCCGCGCCAGGAAGGAAGUGAAGUACUUCCACGAGUCAGACAACGAGGAAGACGACGAUGACGAUGACGACAUGUUUGAUUAAAGCAACCUUCAGUCACAUUCAAACACUCUGCUUGUAUGGAAGUUUCUCCUCCUGUGUUCCCACAGACCUUUUUUGUACAUUUCCAGUUUCAUUUUUUUGUUCUUUUCAUUGAUGGUGGUGUUAAAUGAUUUUUAAUGUGUAGGUGUUUUACACUUUUUAUUAUUAUACAUAUACAGGUUUGUUUUUUUAAUGCCCAUUGAACUGGUCUGUAUUUGUCUGAAGCAGCUUUUAGAGAUUUAGAGCGCUGUUAUUUAGCACAUUUUAAUUGUUAAGAUGAUAUGUAACUUUUUGAACAUGAAGUUGAAAGUAAACCAUGAAAUGUG